GCGCGCGAGAAAAUUCGCACCACUCGGACCUUUCCUUCCAACCAUCACCACACCACACUUUACGAUUAUCUCUCAUCCCAUACCCAACUUAUUCUAUGGCUACCAGUAAAGCUGAAGGACGUCGCGAAGACGCUCUCGCUAAAGAACGGGAACGAAUGCGUGAAGAGUUCGAGCGCCAGAAGAAGAACCUCAUCGACGAAACCGAAAAAUCCCGCCCUUCGUCCCAUCGUUUCGUCGGUCAGAAUGAUUCUAUGGAAGACUCGCUCAAAUACAGUACCGUUGGGCUCGUACAUCUCGAGGAAUUUCAACAAAAACGAAAAGAACUCGAGGAGGCGAAAGCUAGAGAGGCAGCACGCACUAACGAGCUCAAGGAUGACAUAAAGAAGGUGAAGAAGAGGAAGAAGGCCGCUAAGGCGACGUUGUCUUUUGCUAUGGACGAUGAAGGCGAGGGGGAGGAAUCUAUCAGUAAAGCUGAGUCCGAGCCGCGGUCUGCAUCCAAGGAUGAGGAGGAUGCAGAUGGUGAUGGUGAUGACGAGCGGGCCAAGAAACGGAGCAAGUUUCGCAAAAACCCCAACGUCGAUACCUCGUUCCUACCUGACAGAGAGCGAGAAGAGGCGGAACGAAAGGAACGCGAGCGACUAAGGCAGGAAUUCCUUCGGAAACAAGAGGAAUUAAAGAAUGAGGAUAUAGAAAUCACGUAUUCCUACUGGGAUGGAAGUGGUCAUCGGAAGAGUGUUGUGUGUAAGAAAGGCGACGCUGUCAGUACCUUUUUAGACAAAUGUCGACAACAGUUCCCCGAACUUCGUGGUGUCAGCGUUGAUAACCUGAUGUAUAUCAAGGAGGAUCUUAUCAUACCUCAACAUUACACUUUCUACGACUUCAUAGUCAACAAAGCCCGUGGCAAAUCUGGACCUCUGUUCAACUUUGACGUCCAUGACGACGUCCGACUGCUUGCUGAUGCGACAAAGGAGAAGGAUGAGUCGCAUGCUGGAAAGGUGGUAGAGCGCAGUUAUUAUCAGCGCAACAAACAUAUCUUCCCGGCUUCUAGAUGGGAGGUGUUCGACCCGGAGAAGAAUUAUGGGAAAUAUACUAUAGCGUAGACUCGCUUAUGAGUAUACAUUACUGAAUAAGACUGUACUACUGAGUAUCAGAUAUUUGGGAUGAACAAUUGAAGUGAUCUGGAAUCU